AUGGGACUUAGAGAGGUUCUCGCAGUCGCUGGAGUCCUUAUCCUGAAUCUUUUGGUCUUGCUUACUUUCCCAAAAGAUAUGCCUGAUCCUCCAAAACAAGCUAUCGUUCCAUUGACUGGUUUCCCGGCAUGGCAUGGAGAAAAACACGAUGAAUUUCCCGAACAAGAACGAGCACAUGGCAUUUUAACCAUGCUAGUGACCUUUAUUUCAUCAUAUUUUGCUUUAAAAUUCACUGCAAAAAGUCUAACGGAUUCUUCUUCCCACAAUUCAUACUUUUACUUCAAAGACAACGCCCCUAUUCCAACAACGCUAUUUAACCGUUUAUUAGCACUCUAUAAUUUUUCAACAUUUAUUACUUCAUUAGCAUUUUUUUUGUUUGAUGCGGGAAAAAUUUUCAGCAUGUUUGGUUCCUUACAUAAUUUCUUUGAGGUUGCAAUUAUGUUGCUGUUGCAUAGAGGUGGAAAGGUUACUAGUUAUUUGUGGUAUUUUGGACUGUUGAGUGUGUACUUUUUAUUGGUACAAUCUUUGAAUAUUGUGUUCCAUUGGCCGUAUGAUGCAAUGUGGUUUAAAUGGCAAGGUCUUACGCAAGAUUUCGCGUUAUUGAUUCUUUUUAGUCGAAUUUAUGUUUACACUAAAAAGAAUCUAAAAGAUGAUGCAUCAACUGCAUUACCAGUAACUGAAGACGAACAAAAUAAUGACGAUAGUCCCAAGCUUAAUCUCUUUCCACCAGUUAUCAAUCAUCCUCGUGAAUACUUAUUGAUGGUCAUGGCAGUUAUAAUUCAUGUCGGCGGAAAUAUUUUGAAUACCCUUUCUCCAACAAAUGCGACUGGCGCACGUCUUCCAAGAUUUCUAGGUGGAAGUAAUUAUCCAAUUGAAGAUUUAGAUAAAAUACAGCCAUAUACUUCUGAUAAAGUGCUUUCGCCGCGAUAUGAUGAAUCCAGUGGUGGCAGAAAAUCGGAUAAAGUGGCGGUUGUAAUUCCAAUGCAUCUUAACGAAAAAAAAUCAAAGACUCGGAUGAAAAGAUUAUUGGAGCAAUUAGCGUGGCAGACUCGUGUACCUAAUAUUGUGGUUGUAGUCGAUGAUUGUUCUCCUUACCAUUACAAAGAUUCGGAAAUUUUGCCCGAUGAUUAUGAACUUGAUGUGAAAAUUGAGAAGCUGAAAGCCCGUAUGGGAUUUGCUUUUGCUAGAAAUCGUGGAAUCGAGAUCGUGUCUAAUUAUUGUUCACCUUCAAUGAUACUAUUCACUGAAGACAACUGCCUUCCAGAUGUAAAAUGGAUAGAAUGUGCACUAGAAGCCUACGAUACACGUAAAAAACAACACGGCUUAGAAAAUUUUUUAUUAUGUGGUCAAACGCGCGCAAUUGGAAACACAUUGUUCGAUUUCUAUCACAACAUCAGUGGAACUUUGAAUGGUCGAUUUCUCCCACACCAUAACAACUCAUUACUAUAUGGAACGCUUGUCAAUUUCGCUGCCCCGUUUUCCGUCAUCAAUCGUAUUCGAUUUGAUGAUAGUUUCAACGAGGGCGCUUUUGAUGAUGUCGAGUUUUUUGUUCGAGCAAGGGAAUUCGAGGUUAAAACCUGGCCUGUUCCUGAUAUGUUUGUUAAUUAUAAUUUUGGUUAUUCGGGUGGUGGUAGUAAUGACAUCAAAUACUUCAAUAGUCUUAGUAAUGUUGAUGGUGUUUUGGAAGAACAAGAGGAGGAGGAGGAAGAAAGUGUUGCAAGCUGGAAAAGUCUGGUCUAUUUUUGUAGGAACUAUAUAAUGUUUGUUCGUCUUUUCCGUAAAUAUGGUGUAUGGUAUCCAUUAAUGUUGGCAAGACAUCCCGAAUUUGCAGGUUUUCUUGAACUGUCUCAAGAGAUUUCCCUGAUUUAA